AUGUUACCACAAUCUCUAGUCAGCGUGUACCAACUGUACAAAAAAGACACCAAUUCUAUCGCAACAUGGCUUGCUUCAACGGCUAAAGAAUGUGGAUAUCCCGCUGCUCUGCUACCCAGCGCGCCUGGUGCUGGCACUGCACCCGCAACGGGCGGACGACUAAAAGGAAAGGCCAGAACUGCAGCUAGGAAGCGAAGGGCAAAGGCCAAGGCGGACCCGGGACGAAGCCACAGGAAGGCCCGGCUCGACUUUGUCCCGCUGGCCGAAUGCAUCUCUGCUUCCAAGAUCCCCAGUCUGAGUAUUCCACAGGCUUUCUUCACCACGCUUGACCGGGUCAUUUCCAUCAGGUCUCGCUUCAGUCAGGAUCUCAAGGAGAAUAAUGCGGCUCCCGAUGCGAAGUCGGAUGCCAAGCAUUCUCACUUUGUCGGCAUCCUAAAAAAGGUGCGCGAGGCGCUUGAACAAUUCAAACCUGCGGCUGCUUCUCCCACGCCAGAUCCCGUCAGCAUCUUGACCAACAGGUUUGACGGUCUCAAGGUCCAUGUACCAUCCGAGGAAUUCAUCAACGCGCCGGACAUUGAAAGACCCAAGCCGGCUACAGAACGAGCGGAGAUCUUCGAAGUCGACCCCUCGCAGUCACUGGAGGAAACCAUUGUUGCUUUCCACAUGAUGUGCAACGAUCUGGGAGGGAUCCGGACUGCGCUUUCGGCUUUUUGGGCAGCUGUUGUCAGUGAACAGGGCUGGGGAUGUGACCCAGCCCUCUUGGCCAUCGUGACUAAUACGGGCAUCGAGUUUGGCAAAAACAUAAUAGAGGAGAUGUUGCCCAUUUUUGAGCCACACGGCGGUGUUCAAAAUGUAAUUCGCCACUAUUUGUCACUCAUUCCAAUGGCAGCAAACCAGUCCAUUAUGAAUCCCGACAGCUGGGAUAAGGACUCAGAGUCGGCGAAACAGUACUACGAAAUCCUCUCCCGGUGCUACUUUUUGGAGAGCAAUGUGCUCGACACUCUUGCUCAAGUGCCUUGGCGAGGGGUGACGAGCAUAUAUCCGGAAGGAGCCUUUGGUAAACUGAACCCCCAAAGGGACUGGAAGUCUGGAACCGUGGACCAAAAGAUGGCACAAGACCUCCUCAUCACCACCGAGCUCUACUUUGAAGCCUUGGCACUAGUUCAUCAUGUCCCCGACUAUCCCUUCACAGACGAGUUUGUCCGAGGGGUGAAGCAGUUCAAAGAGACCAAGAAGAUCCCCUUUAGUCUUGUAUUUGCAUCCCAAGUCAAUCUUGAUAUACAUCACGCCGUCGGCGAUUAUGCCGAAAAAUCGGUCGACACGCUUCUCAAACGACUAUCUCAUAUGGAAGGAGCGCUGGAAUCAGCCUUAAAUCUUCACAAGAAUCUCAAAAGCCCCCACUGGUCAUCCUCCAACCAAAGAUGGCUGCAGCAGACCCUGGAGGGUUUCAAAUGGUUCCUCAAAGAUCCCCUACACGAGGCCAAGGCACUUGCCGUACGUCUUGACCCAGCGGGACAACAAGUACUCAGGGGAGUCAAGAAGUGGCGGCUCUUGAGGAGGUCGCCUGUCAUGGCGGGGCUCGCCUUGCACUACCAUCGCGCAGAGAUGCACGAGGCUGGCCUCCUCGUCACCAAUCAGUGGGGUUCUAUUAUCCUGCCGGCACACUUGUACAAUGCUGUGUCGAAAGAGGGUCAUUGCCAGGCUCCUUGGCCCGAUAUGGAGACAUUGAUUAGAAUUUUUGGAGAAGAGCAAUUCUUUGUUGGAGGCAAGCCUGACAACACAUCUGCCUAUGUUAACCGAUUCAUGCUGCAAGUUGGUGUCUCGGCAUCUACCCUUACAAACCGACCCCCGUCGUUCCAAAAAGAUUGGAGUUGA